AUGGCGACCGCAACGAGUAACGACCACCAACAGAGACUAAUCUCAUCUUUCAUAGAGAUCGCUGUUGGUCAAACCUCAGCCUGGGCUUUCGGUCAAACCAUUGAAACCGCUCAACAAUUCCUAAAGGCAACAAGCUGGAACCUUGAAGACGCCAUUAACCUCUUCCUCGUCCAUGGACAGAACAAAACUCUGUCAUAUCCGCAAAACUCAUCAGAGCAGUAUUGGAGUGAUUAUCAAGAAGAACAACAAAUCCCUCCUCCUUUACCUUCGAUUAGAGAUACUCUCUACGAUUCUUCUUCCAUGUAUCAUCAACCUCCGGUCCAAGUAGGUCCCGAGGAGAUCUGGGACUUGAAACAAGAAGCGUCCGAUUCGGGAUCUGUUGUUGGAUCAGAAGAUUCGAGACUGUCUUCUUUGUACCGUCCUCCUCUGAAACUUCUUUUCCAAGGCUCGUUCGAAUACGCGAAAGCAACUUCUUCUAGAAAGAAUCUAUGGCUGCUAGUCAAUCUCCAGUCCACGACCGAGUUUGCUUCUCAUAUACUUAAUCGAGAUUUAUGGUCAAACGGUGUCGUUUCUCAAGCCAUCGAGUCUAGCUUCGUCUUAUCGCAAGUCUACGAUGAUACCAACGAAGGACAGAAAAUCUCUACUUUCUACAGAAUCGAAUCUCUUGCUCCUGUGGUGCUUCUCAUCGAUCCAAUCACUGGUCAGAAGAUGCAUUCAUGGAGUGGUGUGAUCGAAGCCAAGAGUUUUCUCGAGGAUUUGGCGAAGUACAUGGAUUCUGGUCCUCACGAACACGUUGCUUCUCUGACAAGCAACAAACGCAUAAAAACAGAGAAGGUUUGUUACGAAAGCGACCAGACUUCUACUUGUCAAGACAUGUCUACUUUCUGGGACAACUUCUUUGAAGAGUCAAGCAACAACAUUGAUCACAUCCUCUUCGAGUCUGUGGAGGAUGACACUUUCUUAGGGUUUCCAGUUUUGACAGAAGAGCCAAAAGGAGACUGCGAUCGAAGCGUUGUGUGCAGUCUCUGCAUUCGGUUUCCAGAUGGGAGAAGAAAGCAGAGGAACUUUCUAAAGACCGAACCGGUUCAGCUUCUCUGGUCUUUCUGUUAUUCUCAGAUGGAGGAAUCCGAGAAGAAUGCGUUCAAGCUUGUCCAAGCGAUUCCUGGUUCUUCCAAGACUUUGGAUUAUGGAGCUAACGCGACUUUCGACCAAUCUGGUCUCGCUAAUUCGUUGAUCUCGGUUACUUGGGAGUGA